CUGUUGAACGAAUUUGGAUGGGCACUGGUGGAAUGCGACAUUGAAGGCAAUGGAGGGUAUUCUUUCUCACCACCCCCCGCCACUACUCUAAGCGCUGACCUUUUUCGCAAGAAUCUGGAGCAGUACAGCAGUGGUGAGUCUAGACUGGAGCGGCUUCGUAUUUCAUACGCGAGUAUUGUACCGGAGUACUUAAAGCGCCUCACCUCCGUGAUUGUGGAUUCCAGUCCUUGCCUGGAGGAGCUAUCGGUAGUCGUUCGAGAUCACUGGAGCAUGGAUACAAUCGCGCACUUUAGUUGGGCGGGUUGGAUCAGAGAUGUAUCCUCCAAGAUCACUAGCUUGCAUUUCCGAAGUGAGGCUAACCGGGAAAUGCGGGUGAUGGAGCGGACGUGCCAAGUGCCGUUUCCCAAGUUGCAGCAAUUCCACUUCACAAUGCCAACGAUGCGACAUCUCGACGCGAUUACGUUCCUACAUCUGUUGAAGCACUUGGAGCGGAUGAUGGCCGUCCCGAAUACAGAGGUGGCGUUGCCGUUAUAUUCAUCUGCGUCGCUGUCAGAGGUUUUGGGCCAGUUGGCCGAGGAUGUUAAAGCAUUCUUUCCCUUGGGCUACGCCUCCUACCUGUACCCUUCCAGCACGUAUAGCCCUUUUCUUGCGACAACACCAUCACCAUCGUCUGAAACGCAGCUGUCGAGUCUGAGCUACCGUCAGUGGAGCGCGCCAAAGACAUCGCCGCUUUUGACAUGCAUCCGCUUGGAGUAUAUCAGCCUUGGAGUGCUGGAGUGGUUCAAGAUUCUGGACACGAUUGACCUUCCUGCUCUGGAGGAGCUCAGUCUUAUGGGGACAAAUAUUAUGGACCAGCACAUUCUUAUGAUGAAAGGUCGUCUUUCUCCCGAGUCUUCAAUGACUGUGGAGGAGGAGGGGCAGGAUUCAUCGAAUCGCCAGAGGCAUACGGGUGUCAGGAUGAAGCUGUUGAACCUCAAGAAUUGUCACUAUAUCACGGCAGAAAAGAAGACACAGUUUACAGCGUGGAUAGAUAGAUAUUUGGACGCGUGAUCUGUGGAG